CUAGCGCCGCCUCCUCUACAAUGUCUUCGAGCCGCAGUUCACCAAAUCCACUCGCUAUUCCACCGGGAAAGAGCGGUCUGAAGUGGGAGCUCCGUCGGCAGGAGUUAUUAACAAGGACAAGAGUAGGGGGGGGGGGGAGAGAGAAUAAAACCCCCACAACAAAAAACUAGGUGGCGAGAUGGCCCGGACUCUGCAGUUAAUCAUCUGUGCUCUGUAUUUCUUGGGGAUUUCGGCAGGUUUUUACAUUUCAAAGAGCCACCCGCCUAACCAAGUUACGCUGCUGGAUUCCCGGUCUGUCCAAGGCGAACUAGGCUGGGAAGUGUUCCCUUCUGAAGCCGGGUGGGAGGAAGUGAGUAUCACGGAUGAGAAGAAUACUCCGAUACGUACCUACCAAGUUUGCAACGUGAUGGAAGCAAAUCAGAAUAACUGGCUCCGGACUGACUGGAUCCCUUGUGAAGGAGCCCAGAGAGUGUACAUCGAAAUUAAAUUCACCCUCAGAGACUGCAACAGCCUGCCGGGCGUCAUGGGAACAUGCAAAGAGACCUUUAAUCUGUUUUACUUUGAAUCCAAUAAUGAUAAAGAGUGGUACAUCUCUGAAAACCGCUACAUAAAGAUAGACACCAUCGCAGCUGAUGAGAGCUUCACACAAGGGGACAUUGGUGACCGGGUCAUGAAGCUGAACACUGAAGUUCGGGACGUGGGGCCCCUGACCAAGAAGGGCUUCUACCUGGCAUUCCAAGAUGUGGGCGCCUGCAUUGCCUUGGUAUCCGUGCGUAUCUUCUACAAAAAGUGCCCGCUGACCGUGCACAACCUGGCGCAGUUCCCCGACACCAUCACGGGGGCCGAUACCUCAUCCCUGGUGGAGGUGCGUGGCUCCUGUGUCAACAAUUCCGAGGAGAAAGAUGAGCCCAAAAUGUACUGUGGUGCAGAUGGAGAAUGGCUGGUGCCCAUAGGCAACUGUCUGUGCAACACUGGCUAUGAAGAGCAGUCUGGAGAGUGCCAAGCUUGUAUAGUUGGAUACUACAAGGCCUUGUCGACUGAUCCAAGCUGCACCAAGUGCCCACCACACAGCUUUUCCACUCGUGAAGCUUCCGCCUACUGCAUCUGUGAAGAGGGUUACUUCAGAGCUGAAAACGAUCCGUUAUCCAUGCCGUGUACAAAACCACCCUCUGCUCCGCUCAACCUGAUUUCCAACAUUAACGAGACGUCGGUGAUCCUCGAGUGGAGUCCUCCUCAGAACAACGGGGGCAGGCAUGACGUUACGUUCAACGUGCUCUGUAAGAAAUGCAACAGUGACCUCAGCCGCUGCCGGCCAUGUGGGAGCGGGAUUCACUUCAUCCCACAGCAGACGGGCCUGAAAAACACCAAGGUCUCCAUCACCGAUCUCCAGGCCCAUACCAACUACACCUUCGAGGUAUUCUCUGUGAAUGGAGUCACGAGACAGAAUCCGAGCCAGGACCUGUCGGCCUUAGUCACAGUCACGACCAACCAGGCAGCCCCAUCUUCUGUUGCAAUAAUCCAGGCCAAGGAGGUAACAAGGCAUGGUGUCACUUUGUCUUGGCCAGAACCUGAGAGGCCAAAUGGUGUAAUCCUCGAAUACGAGAUCAAGUACUACGAAAAGGAUCAGAAUGAACGUAGCUACAGGAUUGUUAAAACGCUCUCAAGGAAUGCGGAAAUCACAGGCUUGAACCCGCUAACGGCCUACAUGUUCCAUGUUCGUGCCCGCACGGCAGCUGGAUAUGGCGAGUUCAGUGCUCCGUUUCAGUUUAUAACUAACUCAGCUCCAUCGGCUAUCAUUGGAGAAGGUGCCAGCCCGACAGUUUUGCUCGUGUCUGUGGCUGGAAGUGCAGUUCUGCUUGUCAUUCUGAUCUCAGCCUUUGUUAUAAGCAGGAGGCGAAGGAAAUACAGUAAGGCCAAGCAAGAUGCAGAUGAGGAGAAGCAUUUACAUAAUGGACAAGGGGUGAAGACAUAUGUUGAUCCAUUUACGUACGAGGACCCCAAUCAAGCCGUCCGUGAAUUUGCCAAAGAAAUCGAUGCUUCUUGCAUCAAGAUUGAAAGAGUGAUCGGUGUAGGUGAAUUUGGUGAAGUCUGCAGUGGUCGAUUGAAAAUGCCUGGCAAAAGGGAGAUCUGCGUCGCCAUCAAGACUCUGAAAGCCGGCUACACGGACAAACAGAGACGAGAUUUCCUGAGCGAAGCAAGCAUCAUGGGCCAAUUUGACCAUCCCAACAUCAUCCACCUGGAAGGGGUUGUCACUAAAUGUAAACCAGUAAUGAUCAUAACUGAAUACAUGGAAAAUGGGUCCUUGGAUGCAUUCCUCAGGAAGAACGAUGGCCUGUUCACGGUGAUCCAGCUGGUGGGCAUGCUUCGAGGAAUUGGCUCUGGAAUGAAGUACCUCUCCGAUAUGAGCUACGUGCACCGAGAUUUGGCUGCCCGCAAUAUCCUGGUGAACAGUAAUUUAGUCUGCAAGGUGUCAGACUUUGGCAUGUCCCGAGUUCUGGAAGAUGACCCAGAGGCAGCCUACACCACACGGGGUGGAAAGAUCCCGAUCAGGUGGACAGCGCCCGAAGCGAUUGCGUAUCGCAAGUUUACUUCAUCGAGUGACGCUUGGAGUUAUGGCAUUGUGAUGUGGGAGGUCAUGUCUUAUGGAGAACGGCCUUACUGGGAUAUGUCCAACCAGGAUGUGAUUAAGGCAAUUGAGGAAGGUUAUCGAUUACCUCCUCCCAUGGACUGCCCAGUCUCCCUCCAUCAGUUGAUGCUGGACUGCUGGCAAAAGGAACGCAAUGACAGACCUAAGUUUGUGCAGAUUGUCAGCAUGCUGGACAAGCUGAUUCGAAAUCCAAGCAGCUUGAAAAGAACCGCAGUGAACGAAAAUACAAGACCUUCCACUGCGUUGUUAGAUCCUGGCACACCUGACCUCUCUGCUUUGGACUCCGUUGACGACUGGCUUCAAGUUAUUAAGUUGGACAGAUACAAAGAUAACUUCACAGCAGCGGGCUACACCUCUCUAGAAUCUGUAGUACACAUGAAUCAAGACGACCUGGUCCGAAUUGGAAUCACAACAGCGGUGCAUCAGAACAAGAUCCUGAGCAGCAUCCAGGGAAUGAGGGCCCAGGUGCAGCAGCUGCAGGGAAGGAUGGUUCCUGUCUGAGCCAGCGCUAAAACUCAAUGAAAUUUGUUUACCUCAUCCAUGCACUUUAACAGGAAAAAAAACUGCACUUUUUAAAUAAAAACUCUUAAUUGUUGCCCUUUGGUAUACGGAUAUUUUGUCAGUGGUUUUGCCUGAUUUGAGGACAGAAUGCUGAACUUCACGAUCGUCACGGAGACCUUCGUCCAACUAAGUGAAGACCGGAUCAGAUGUACAUUUGUUUUUGAACUCCUGUUCCUCAUUGGAUAAACAAUUACGAAGGAGCCAAUCUGUUGAUGCCAUUAUCCACACCACGCCCGCAAUGAAUUUCUCAAAAUUAUCACUGGAUACAAGAUUACUUUUCACACGGCUUGCUAACGAAGGAUUUGUUAAAGCGGAUUUGAAGCUCUACAACAAGACAUUCCUGCAGACAUCGUCCUGACUGGAGGGGCGCAUCGUGAAUGGCCAAUUUCUUCCAAUGACUGCAUCCCAAGUGGAGGUUUCUGAAAACUGUCCUUCCGAAACUUUGCUGAAUUGAGCAGGGCAGCCUUGUGGAUUACAGUUUGAAAGAUAGUGACUUAGACUGCAAUGUAACAUAGAGUGAUUGCCAACACAUAAUGUGGUGAUUCUUUCCUUGGAGAAAUGUCUAGAUAGUUUUUAAUAGAACAGAUGGCCAUCAUAUGUUGAUGAAGGAAAAGACAAUUAACAAUGAACUGACUUCAUUGCAACAUACAACAAAAGAUUAUGAGAAUCAAUUGAACUGCCGAAUAACCUCAUGUUAAGUACUGGGAAGUCGGAACAACAAUGAACAUGGAAAAUCCCACAGUGGCUAUUCCCACGAAGAUCAGAAACAAGGAAGGAACUUAGCUUCAACAAAACACCAGCUUCAGACAAGCCCAAAUUCAAAGCAAAAAAAAAAACAAAAAAAAAACACUAAGAAGGGGAAAACUCUCACAAGCGUACAAAAGUUCAGCAUCUGUUCUGGAAAAUCACGAGUGGAAUGUACUGUGUAGGAUAACUAAACUUUGUGGACUUCUGCAUGUCACUGCUAUGCCUAAUGUGACAACCUGUUCAAAAAUACUGUUAUUAGCUAUUAAUAAUGUAUGGAAUCUGCUAUAUAGGAACAGAUCCGUGGACUUGUCACCGAGUUGUACAUGUGUGUUUUAUUGAAGUAGCAUUUCAAACUGUGCCAUUAGAUCCCAUCAUUGUUUUAUAUACAUUUGAUAAUGUCAGAAAACUCUCAAUCACGUGACAGCUUUGGUCAUUUUUUUCCUUUCGGGCCAUCUUGCUCGAAAUGUUAGCAGUUUAGUGCAUACAUUUGUUAUAACAACACAAUUAUAACAUCAUUAUCUCAAAGAUGUCAUGAACUGUAACUGAUAUUUUCAUUUACAUUUUAACAUCCUUCAGUCCUGAGCAGUAUUCUCUUAAAUGCUAAUUUUAAACAAAUGACAUAGAUCUAUUUUUUGUAUUCUUGUUUGAACACAAUUGAGUAAAAGCAAGACCGGCUGUGGUCUUCUGAAUUAAAAAAAAUGUACAGUGUAUUUUAAUUUAGUUCAAACUGGAAUCCUUCUAGCAGUCCAAUAUUUUAUUUUCCUUUAUACCAUUUUUUUUCGAUGAGUUAGGCAUAGAUUAAAUUUUUUUUGCCGUUUCAUUUUUGUAUUUUUUUAAUUUGAAUUUUAGGUACAUGUAACUUAUGUCAUUUAUUUAUGGUCUUGAGAAUCUUUUUGUACCUAGUUUGUACAUUGUAAAAUAAUAGUUACAAAAUGGUGCACAGAGAGUGUACACAAAAUAAAGUAGUUACAGCACA